AUCACUGUCCCAGGAUGAUGGAGAGAGCCAAUCACAUCAACAUCGCCAUGAUAGAAGACAUCGGCAUUAACGGGACGGCCGGGUCAAAGGUCGUCCCCGGCGUGGAGCAGAGCCCCAAGCGUGGCUCCACCGUCAGCUUCCACAACGUCCAGUACAGAGUGCAACUGCAGAGCGGCUUCGUCUGCAGGAGGAAAACCAGCCACAGGGAAAUACUGCUGGACCUCAAUGGGAUAAUGAGACCUGGACUCAACGCUAUUCUUGGACCUACUGGGAGUGGAAAAUCAUCAUUCUUGGAUAUUCUGGCUGCGAGGAAGGACCCCUCAGGUCUCUCAGGAGAAGUCCUCAUCGACAGAGCACCACAGCCUCCAAACUUCAAAUGCCUCUCCGGAUAUGUGGUUCAGGAGGACGUGGUGAUGGGCACGCUGACGGUCAGGGAGAAUCUGCGCUUCUCUGCAGCGCUGCGUCUGCCCAGCUCCGUCCUGCAGAGUGAGAAAGAGGCUCGAGUCAAUCACCUCAUCACAGAGCUCGGCCUCAGCAAGGUGGCCGACUUCAAGGUCGGCACACAGAUGACGAGGGGGAUCUCGGGAGGGGAGAGGAAGAGGACCAACAUCGGCAUGGAGCUGAUCAUUGACCCGUCGGUUCUCUUUCUGGACGAGCCGACCACCGGACUGGACGCCAGCACCGCCAACUCCGUCCUGCUGCUUCUGAAGAGAAUGGCCAGUCAUGGAAGAACCAUCAUCAUGUCGAUCCACCAGCCGCGGUACUCCAUCUACAGACUGUUCGACUCUCUCACUCUGCUGGUCGGAGGUAAAAUGGUUUACCACGGACCGGCGCCAAACGCUUUGGACUACUUCGCCAACAUUGGUUUUCCCUGUGAGCCCCACAACAACCCAGCCGACUUCUUUCUGGACGUUAUUAACGGAGACUCCACGGCUAUGACCAAGGUGCACGGCUCUGAAGAUUUGGAGUUUGAGGAGCAGAGCGGCUCGCGGCAGAGCAUCGAGGAGCGUCUGGUGGAAGAGUUCAGGAACAGCAGCUACUGCAGCGACACCAGAGCGGAGCUGGAGCUCAUCGAGCAGGAGAAGAAGUGCAUCUCUUGUUCAAAGUCCCGCACCAUCACCUACAACAGCUCCUUCUUCCACCAGCUGCGAUGGGUUCUCAGGAGAACCUUCCAGAACCUCAUGCUGAACCCACAAACGUCUGUAGCCCAGCUGGGAGUCAACAUUUUCCUCGCCCUCAUCGUUGGAGCCAUUUUCUUUCGAGUCAAAGACGAUCAAAGCGGUAUCCAGAACAGGAUGGGCGCCCUCUUCUUCAUCACUACCAACCAGUGUUUCAGCACUGUGUCUGCAGCGGAGCUCUUCAUCACCGAGAGGAAACUGUUCGUUCAUGAGUACAUCAGUGGCUACUACAGGGUAUCCGUCUACUUCCUGUCCAAGAUCCUGUCAGACAUCACUCUGCGCACCGUCACCUCGGUUAUCUUCAGCUGCAUCGUCUACUUUUUGAUUGGUCUCAAAUCAUCCGCCGCAGAGUUCCUGGUCUUCACGCUGACGGUGACUCUGGUGGCGUACACGGCCACGGCGAUGACGAUGGCCAUCUCAGCGGACCAGAGCGUCGUCGCCCUCGCCAACAUCUUCAUGACCAUCACCUUCGUCUUCAUGAUGAUUUUCUCAGGUCUGCUGGUGAACCUCCCGAGCAUCAUGGACUGGCUGGCCUGGUUGAAGUACUUCAGCAUUCCUCGCUACGGCCUCGCAGCUUUGAAGAUCAACGAGUUUGUGGGUUUGAAGUUCUGUGACGAGGCUGCGAUCAGAAACACGUCGGCUGCAGAGACAAACUGCAGUGUGAGCGCGGUCGGCCUGAUAUGUACAGGGGAGCAGUACCUGGAUUACCUGGGAAUAGAGUACACCACAAGGGGACUGUGGGAGAAUCACGUGGCUCUGACCGUCAUGACGUUCACUUUCUUCAUCAUCGCCUAUCUGAAACUCCGCUACAUCAAGAAAUUCACUUAAAUGUGAUUAUUUAAAUCCAGCAAAUUAUGCAUUUUUUAUUUGUGUCUUCCAUGGGACCAGGCCAGUAAUUAUUCCCCAAAAAUAUCACCAUUAUAGGAAUAAUACAACAACUUUUUUUAGAUGAGAUGAGAGGAACUACUCUCAUGUUUGUGUGCUAAGUGAGGGGGCAGUUAGCUUAGCUUAGCAUAAACCUGGAAGCAGGAGGAAACAGCCUGGCUCUAUUACAGUUUAACGUAUUCUACUUAGUGUCUCCUUUGUUAAAUCUUUACACAAGACGUCAAUAUGCAAAGUCUUCACGUUGGUUGUUCCCAAUGCAAUGUCAGUUACAUGAAUAUAUUUUGGAUGUAUUUUUUAUUUAUGAAUAUUUACACAUUAUUCAGAAUCAGAUAUUCUCCUGUACUUUUGUAACUUUUGGAUAUUUAGCUUUUGCACAAUAUCCAAAUGACCUUGAUUCUAACUAAUGACUGAUAAUGUGUAAUUGUAGAUAGUAUACAAUUAUAUCAUAUAUAUAGUGUGUGUUAAACCUUUCUGUUUUUCAAUUUAUAUAUAUAUAUAUAUACU